AUGUCUUGGGAGUUACUCAGGUUUAUCGAGUCCGGGUCGCUAUUCCUUGUUUCGUUACUAGUACGUGGUUGCCGACCGGAAGGGGCCCUCAAAGAAGUGGACAUUUAUAAUAGAUAUCGGCCAGUUCCUGUUGUCCGCCAAUCCAAAUUUCGCCAAACUCUACGAAGAGUUGACCGCACAAUAUCUGGCUCCCGACGGAACGACGAAAGAACCGACACGCGAAUUGGAUCAAGCAACGAGGCUUACCUAGAAAAUAAGACCUUCUACUUUGAAACUUUGGCUUUGUAUAAUGCGGUUCAACAAGUAAUUCUGCAAAAGGAGUUGAGAAAGGAUAAAAUUUCCGACUCCCAGAGAAAGGCCUUGGAAGCUACGAGGAACGUUUUAUCUUUUGCGGAAACAAAGCAAUAUCUUGGUUUUCGCGCUAAGGACCCCUCGAUGAAAAAUGAGAAUCCUGCAUUGCUUGGAUUAACGGAGGAAAAAUUGAAAGAAUUGGUUGAAAAAGAGCUAGAAGAGUUAAAUACAUCCAAAGAAUAUAUUUUAACUUCGAUUGAAAACAAAUUAAAAAAGCAAUGUGAAGAGAUCGCAAAAUUUUACUACAUCGAAGAAGUUUCAAUACCAGAAUCAAAUCCCAAACUGUUGUUCGCCAAGGCGAUCCAGUUGAAUAAGAAAUUAAGUCAGCGUGUUGAUAAUCUGCGACUCUCCAAAAUCCAUGCAAUCACAAGCAAAAGCUUGUUGGGCGAGCAAAUAGUUAACUAUAUGAAUGUAAUGAAAGAAAUUUUAUCCAACUCAUGGAGUAUCCUUGAAGAAUUUAAGCUUCAAUACGAAUUCAAAAAGAAUCGAGUUUUUUGUGACUAUUUUUCGGGCAUUGUAAAGUCGAUGGUUUUAAAGUUCAGGGUUCUUCGUUUCACCGCAUUGUUGUCCAUUUAUGACAAAGACACCGUGGAGGGACUCGAGAUGAUCAGGGAUAAUCUGUUAAACGAGGAGAUAAAGAAGCGUAAGGAAUUAGAUGCACUGGAAUCAGAACUUUCGAAAUAUCAGAUAUGCGACGAAUUUGAAUCAAUUGUACAGAUCUACGCCGAGGUGAAUAAAGAGAUCGAAAAGGUGAAGGAUGACAUUCAACGAAUGAAUGAGCAGUCAAUGGCGUAA